AUGUUUGGUCGAGGAACAACAAAGAGAUUACCUUCCAACACAAAAGGAAAUCUAAUUCGAAUAAAGAAUCAAUUCGAAAAAUUCUUCCCUUAGAAACGAUGGGGAAGAAAAUAGUUUCCAGUAAGACGUCAGAAGCUCCCCUGGAAAGAAAUUCUGUGAGACUUUACAAUUCAACCCUUGUAGCAAAACGCGAAAAUACACGACCCGCCAUAAAAGGAAAACAAGGAAAGCUGCUUGAAAGAAGUCGCGUUACAAAAUAUCGUUCCGUUACAGUCGAGCCUGAAAUUUUCCAACAAUGACAACAACGACAGCAACAAGAGCAAUAACAGCAACAGCAACAACAACACUACAUUGGAUACAACUCGUAUUGGAAAACCUUCAGUGUCAUGCAGGAUACCUUACCUGCCCUCCUGACCUGCUUGUCUUUUUUAUCUACUAUGUGGCGGCUUGAAAGGGAGAAACACACUCACCCUCUUUCUAAUCUCACGAAGAAAACGUCAUUUUUAUAUAUAUUUAUAAGUUUUAACAUGUGUGUACCCUAGAACCUGAAGCGUUCAUAUUCACUUUACUUUAAUCUCAUACGCAUUUGUGGACUUCAGAAUCACGAAGCGACCAGAGCCGUAAUGGGAUACUUUAGGGCCGAACGCCUUUCCAUUCUUCUCCAACACAAACGAAACAGUUGUGGACUCCACAGACCGUCUUUUGUUGCCGGAGGUAUCAAAACAAGGCCUUUGUGUCCCUUAGAAUUAUUCAUCAACACGAAAUGAAAACUAUUGAAACCGUAAAUAUUUUCACGUUCUUCUUUUGCUUUUUGAAAACAGAUAAUUCCAAAGUUUAUAAAACUUUAAUAGUGCAAAACUUCAAAAUCAACAUCUGGAUAAAUAUUUUCCUUCGUCACUUUUACACCUAGUACAGAACAUUUGUUGAUUUUGAAUUUGGAGAGUUGCGGUGUUAGUAAGAGCAUCUGAUAAACUUAUAAUAAAAAAAACUAGAGUAAACAGGAAAAAAAAUAAUUAACAGACGAGACAUUGGUGAAAAAAAUAUAGCUGCCUUGUGGCCAAAACUGAGAUAAAAAGAAGAAAAGUGAGCUGCCUUGUGUAAGAAUCAAAACUCCUUGUGUUUUUGAAGAAACAGAACAAGCAUCCUCAUCCACCGACCUCUGCCAGUCACGAGGGUGAUCUAACACACAAGAAGCAGGCGGCGCCGUGUUCCUUCCGUCAGCUGUCUGGAGGAGGCAGACCGAGGAAGGGCGGCGAACGGUAACUUUUUAGUGACACCUUUAGUGACUUCACCGCUGCUUCUUUGCCAGAGGGGCGCCGCUUCCGUCACGUGCUGGGCUGAGGCAAAGCGUCGUUUGUCUCCGGGGGUAACUUCGAGGCCUUCUCUCGAACUCACCAUCUGACAACAUUCGACGGAUCACCUGAGGUCAGUUAAGGUGCUCAAGACACUCACAGGUGCUUCCCAGGUAACGCCAUGUCCUAUUAAGGCAAAGAUGGAAUCGGCUCCCGGGCUGAGGGCCAGAAUAAACAGUUAACGAGAAGUCUAUUUGGUCUGAGAGGAAGGAGGAAGGGAAGGAAGGGCGGACUCAAGGAUUCUGUGAUACUCAGUUCUCUUAAGAAGCUUAAACUUGCGGCCCUGCCCGAAGACCAUCACCGAGAAGACCUCUGUGUCCUGCCGCUUCCUCGAGGACCCGUGUGUACCGCCGAGGGUCCGACUGGGUAGCUGAGGGACUGGCUGGCUGAGGGACUGGCUGGCUGAGGGACUGGCUGGUUGAGGGACUGGCUGGCUAGGGGACUGGCUGGCUGAGGGACUGGCUGGCUGAGGAACUGGCUGGCUGAGGGACUGGCUGGCUGAGGGACUGGCUGGCUAAGGGACUGGCUGGCUAAGGGACUGGCUGACUGAGGGAGUGACUGGCUGGGUUACUGACUGGCUCGUCCCCGCGGCCCAUCGGUGUGAGGAUCUCUUCGGCCGCCGUCUUCACCACCUCCCGCUUCCUGGAAAGCUGGGAAAUGAAAAAAAUAAAGAAAAUGUUCUCUUUGUCCUUCGUCUUGCGCAACACCACAACUGCUGUCUCUACCCAGCAACACCGCAAGGGACCAGCAACACGACCUUCCUUCAGCAAUUACUAGUUAUUUUCCUCCUCUGACAACAACAACAACAAUAACAACAACAACAACAACGAGACUGAAGAUAGUUGCCAGAGGGUUUUUUCUGCCAUGGAGAGCGACUUGGGGUUUCGUCCGUCUCGAAGCAAGAACUGAGUGUCGUUGCUCUCCUCGAGUCCUUGCUGAGAGUGAUCUUAAGUGUUCUUCCUUGCUCAGUGGAAUCAAAGUUUGUGUUUUUUUCCUGCUGAGUGCGACCUGAAGUGUUCCUUGUUGAGUGGGAUCAGACUGUUCUUCCAUGUUCAGGGGAUGUGAAUGUUCUUUCUUCCUGAGGUUUGAAGUGUUAUUUCUUACUGAGUGGGAUUUCGAGUGUUUGUUCCUUGCCAAGUGCGACCUAAGCGUUCAAAACUCAGUCUCUGCCCUUCCUGAAAAUGUCAGCAGCAGCAGCAAGUCGUCAAGUGAGAAAUUCGACGCUCGUGCACCCAAAGUAGGCAGCAGCAGGUCAUAAUUCUGCCGCGAUGGGGAAAGUUUAAUCAUUUUUUGUGAUUCUCGGGGUGAAGCAGCGCGCCCGUGAUCCUGCGUCUUCCUCGUAAAGACCUUUUAACAUCCAGGCGUCAGUGUGUAGCCUACCGAACAGCGAAGAGGCGGCGAACAGUGCGAGGUGAUUGUGAUUAGCCAUGGAUGGGGCGAGGAAGCGCGGCGGCUGGGCGAGAGACGCUGCGUCGCGUGCAGGGAAAGGAUGGAACAAGCGGUGAAGGGCGCGGCCGAGGCGUCGUGAGGGGCGAGGCGUGAGGGCCCGGAGGGAGGAAGGGGCACCAUGGAGCCGCCUUCUGGCGUGGCGGAGAUCGACACAACGCCUUUCAAGUCAGCCGAAAACCAGAGUAAUGGCAGUAAGGGCUUCAGGUACCCCCACGCCGUGUUCCCCAAGUACCUGCCACCCCCGGACCCCAGCCACGCCCCCACCCCCACAGGCCGCCUGCACACCAUAAACUGCAGUGGCCCCGAGGGUGGAAUGCCAGAGUUCCCUAUAGUGACGACAGUGUCUUGGGACGCCGCCACAUCCCGUUGGAGCGACACGCAGGCGUGGAAUAUCUCCUCCGUCACCUCACAGUGGAACCUGAGCCUCGGGGACUCUGGCCACAACCUGACGUUGUCCGAGGAGGGCGAGGGGGGCAGCGGGUGGUGGGGUGCGGAGGGGCGGGAGGGCGAGGCGGGGGAAUGGAGCUCCGGGCUGCUGGCCAUCACAGGACUCGCCCUCUACACCCUCGCCCUUUGCACCGCCGUCGGCAACGCGCUGGUCAUCCACGCGAUCAGGACGGAGAAGAGACUCCAGACGGUGUCCAAUCUCUUCAUCAUGAGUCUGGCAGCAGCGGACCUGACGGUGGGCGUGAUCGUGAUGCCCAUCAGUGCCGCCUACGCCAUGAUGGGUGAGUGGCGGCUGGGCCUGGUGGUGUGCCAGUUCUGGCUGGCGGCGGACUACACGGCCUCCACCGCCUCCAUCUUCAACUUGGUCAUUCUCUCGCUGGAUCGUUACUGGUCCAUCACGGCGCCGCUGCGGUACCUGAGGAGACGGACGCGGCGGCGGGCCUGGGUCAUGAUCGGUGCCUCGUGGACGGCAGCUACGGCGUGGCUGGUGCCCGUGCUGGCGUGGCACCACCUGGCACUGGGCGGUGUGAGGCACCACCCGCCUCAUGUAUGCGAGACCGAAUUUUCCAACAGCGCCGCCUUCAAGGCUGUGACGGCGGCGCUCAAUUUCUACCUGCCGACGGCGCUGAUGCUGUACCUGUACUGCCGCAUCUUCCGUGAGGUACAGACACGCCAGGCACUGGGCCGCGUCCCCUUCACCGCCCAUGACAUCCCCACUGACUCCAUCAGCGAGGUAGAACGAGGCGGCUCCCGCCCACCAACCUCAGGCCGAAGUGCCCACCUAUCUUCUCCUCACCUCCCCGCCAUCACCACCUCGCCCCCCAGCACCACCGCCGCCACCCCCACCACGACCACCACUACCACUACUUCGAGUGAACGGAGUCAGUUCUGCAGCCUGACGGUUGUGUCGCCGGGGAGCCACGACUGCUCACACUUCUCCGGCGUGGUUGUGAGCGUUGAAUACCUUCCAGAGGACUCCGGCAGCUCUUCCCCAACGCAGCAGUACUUCUACUCCCAACACUUCCCACAGCAACAACACCAACAGCAGCAGCAGGGCACCCAGCAGCCAGAACAGCAGCAGCAACAGCAACAGCAACAACAACAACAAAACCGUCGCCAGGCGAACAACAACAACCGUUUGGGGCCUCAUCAGAACCACAUCCACUGCUACCAAAGCAAUACUCGGCCACACCCUUCCUGGGAUCCCUCGGCUGGCUCACCACAGCGGCCCAGGGAACAGAAGUGGAACAGCAGCUGGCGUCUGGGCAGCCUUGAGAAUAGCGGCCACCACUCAGGCAUGCGCGCCUCUAGCAACUCUUCCAACGGCACCAGAAAGAAGCGAGGCGGUGGCGGCGGCGGAGCAGGACGACGUGUGGAGAACAGCGUGAACCUGGUGAAGGAGAGGAAGGCAGCGCGGCAGCUGGGCGUGAUCGUGGGAGCCUUCAUGGCCUGCUGGGUUCCCUACUUCACCCUCUUCCUUAUCAUGGCCAUCUGCGAAACCUGCGUCCCAGCCCACGUGUACACGGCAACCAUCUGGCUCGGCUACCUCAACUCGGCCCUCAACCCGGUGCUCUACCCACUCUGCAAUCACAACUUCCGCAGAGCCUUCGCCCGCAUGCUGCGCCUCCCCGCCCGCAAAGCCCCCAUGCAGCCCCACGCCCCCCACAGGGUGCCCACCAUCGCUGUCAGACACUGACCCAAGGAUAGAGGGCGCCGCCAGUAACACACACACACACACACACACACACACGUACUUGUACAUUUGUCACAAUUCUCACUGCCGUUCUUCAUUCGCCUAUUCUCUGUAUACAGUGUACUAAGGGGCGUGCCUGAUGUGUGUGUGUGUGUGUGUGUGUGUGUGUGUGUGUGUGUGUGUGUCCACCCAUGCUCCUGUACUUCCUUGAGGUCCUUGAUGCAGAAACCUGGAGGGUGUUUGAGAGGUGGGCUCGCGGCCCGAGUCCUGGAAAUCACUCAGGCGCCUCUGUGUGCCGCGCGGGUAGGCAACCCAGGCGGCAUGGACGCGCAGAUUUUCGAAGGUGAUGUGGUGUGUGCGGUGAUGACGUCAUGUCAACAACAAUGGCCGCCCGAGCACAUACGUUGUGCUGCCCCUCCUGCCGUUUAGAUUCAAGAUCACGAUUAUAUCGAGCAGCAUACAGUACGAUGCAUUGAUAAGUACUUUACUGGAACCUAAGUACAAUUAACAAUGAAAAUGCAGAAAAUAGGAGUGAUAAUGAUAUUUUAGGGUUCCAAAGAACAGUGGAGGUAAAUAUGUUUCUAAAAAAUUACUACACCCCUCCGAAUACACGCAGUAAGGCUCAUAAAACGGUGGCGUGCGUGGCGCUCGGGUGCCUGGUCUCAAACGCACCUCUGGAAAGAGAGAGAGAGAGAGAGAGAGUAUUAAACUAUCAUCAUCAUAUAGAUAUGAAAACAUUUACAAUUUGUGAGGACAUUCGAGUCGGAAAAGCAACACUCGUUAAUAGCCUAACAUUGCAACAAAUUAAAAGAGCAGAGAAAUCAGAAAAAUAGGGUUGAUGGAGUCAGUGAUGCGGAAAGGGAUCUGAGGCUGGGAAUUCAAGUUAAUAUGUAUAAUAUGCAUCAUACUCUGUGCCUCCUACUGCGUUAUUGUGUUUGUUUUUGGCUGACAAGUAAGACUCGGCUCAUUAUUAUAUUCUCUUUAUAAAUUAUAUCAAGUGGAUGCUGCAUGAAUGACCUCCUCCUCCUCCUCCUCCUCCUCCUUCUCCUUUUCCUUCUCUUAUUCCUACUCCUACCCCUCCCCAUCCUCCCCUUUUUGAGGAAUAACACAGUCAAGCUCCUCGUCCUUACCCAAACUCCUCACUCUUCGCCGUCUGGAGUGCACACACUCUUAAUUUCUCCUUCCCUCCGAGGCACAGCAGCGACGGUUAAACGCUGUGCUGUGCCCCAGUUAAGCCCCGCGCCAUCCUUCUGAGGCACAGCACUAACAGUUAAGCUCCUUCCUUACCUCCUCUGGGGAAUAGCAUUAAACAUCAGGGCCCCCUUUUCCCUUCUGGCAUGGCUUCUUUCCUUUUACGAACCAUAGCAUUGGUCAGCUCGAUAAAUAUGUUCCCUGAUCCCUUUACCCUCUCAGAGACGUAGUAUUUUUCAUGAAAUAUUUAUAAUCAAACUCCUCCCCGUCAGAUGAGUGUAACUGGCGAUUUCCUCAAGAAGAGUUCAUCUGCCUGUGUGUCUCUAGAUGGGUAGGAACAAACAGCUUUAUGCGUCAUCUGAAAGUUCACUGUACUCAUCAUCACUGUAGGAGGCUGGACAUAAGUGGUGCUCAUAUUACAGAGUGGUCUGCCCUUUUCUAACUUAAACGUCUUCCUUCUAUUUUGUGUGACAGUUUCAACAUGGUUAUGAUGGAGACUAAUUUGGCCCCCAACCCUGACUACCCUGGUUUGGACAGGAUGAUGAUACUGAAACAUUACAUUUACUGUUAUGCCGUUCUCUUUCCUCUCUGUUCCUUGGUGUCGUAAUCCAGUCCGGGUGUGGAGUUGAGACUUCAAUACAUAAAUAUUUAAUUGACAUUUAAAUUAUUCCAUUCACUAUGACAUUGUUCUCUGUCGUGCCUCACUGUUAUUAUCAUUAUCAUUAGUAGUAAUAGAAGUAGUACUACCAACAGUUGUUGUUACCUUCACUAUUAUUGCUGUUAUUAUUAUUAUUAUUUUGUUUUUGUUUUUGUUUGUUUUUACGUCUCCGCCUAUUCCGCCGGUAGGCUUGCUUGAGGGGCCUGGAUGUUAUUCGGCCCCAGCCCGUCAUGGCGCAGGCAAGUGUUUAUAGUGGCGCCAUCUUCUCUUGGCUCAUGCUGCCCCCCGGAACUCGUUCUUGAUUCUUGGACAGUUUUAUCUAGAGUCCGGGUUGAUGGGUGGUCUUCAGAACAGCAUUUCGGUAGUUUUAAGCGCCUCGGCGGUGACUGAAAAAUCCGAGGUGGUAGCGUGGGGAUUCGAACUCGUGUCGUCUAUCACGUGGUGAAUGUGGGCCCACCACGCUACCACUUCAGCCAUCGCGUACUA